GAUAAACCUAAUUUGAAAAAACAAGAAAAGUUGGCAAAUUUAGGAGAGAUGGUAGAAAAGCUUGAAGAAAUGGUACCAAAUAUACUAAAUGAAGCAAUUGAUUCCAAACUAUUAUCGAAAAAUAUUAUAUUGAGAAUAUUGCCUAUAAGCUAUCCGAAUUUGCCUAUACUACCAGGGCAUUUAUCAUAUUUGACUACGUGCAAAACCAUAAAUUUGAUCGUUAAAAAUUUUGUGUUGAAUAACAGAAAAGUCAAAUUACACAUUAGCAGUAUCAAAAUCAUCGAGAGCAAUUUUAAUGGGAUAAGAGUUUAUGGGUUGUUUCCAUGGACAAGCAAGAUCAUUAUUAAAUGGAGAACUUGCAGCGAUAAUUGCGAGCAUUUAAAGUACAAUGGAGAAGAAGCUCGGGAUAAAGACGAGAAAAAUGGGGGAAAGGAGAAAAUGGAUCUAAAUCUAUUGAUAGAUAAAUUGUUCAAAAAGAAUUCCAGUUUGAUUGUGCUGUUGAAGAAGUAUUUACAAAAAAGCCUUUUGAGGAGCAUCGACAAAUCCAACCUAGCUCAUAAAAUGAUGCAUAGAGAGAGCAAGGAAAACAGCGAGAGUGACAAGCUGAACGAGACUCAUCAUUCUGGGAAUAGUAAUGGUACAAAAAAUGAAACCGAGAACAAAAUCAUCAGUGGAGUCUUUAUCUUUGAAUUGAAUCUCAAUAACAACAAGGUCUUGGUGCACACUGUAGAUAAAGUGGAAAUGAUAGACAAGUCUGAUUUUGUGGAUGUAGAUAGCGAGCUU